CUCCUCCUCCUCGCCCUCAGGCCUAGAUGGAGGCGAAGGAGGGGAGGGGCGCCUGGCCGUGAAGUGGGGCGCUGGGCAAGAGUUGUCCCAGCCUUGUGAAGCGUCCCCUCCCCACACUCCAGGCUUGGGCAGAGGCCUUCUGAGGAGCCUGGAUGCCCAAAAGAAAGGGGAGGAGGAGAUGUAAAUCCAGAUGGAGCGCUCAGAAGCCGGAGGCCAAAUACAGCACCAAAGGCAGCCACUGCCUUGGGGGAAGUUGGUCCGGUUGGGGGCUGAAGAAGCAGAGCCACACCUCUUGCUGUUGAAGAAAGAGUGGACUAUUGGCAGGAAAAAAGGUUGUGACCUGUCUUUUCCUGGCAACAAACUGGUGUCUGGAGAUCACUGUAAAAUAAUAGUGGAUGAAGAAUCUGGUCAAGUAUCACUGGAGGAUACCAGCACUAAUGGAACAGUUAUUAAUAAACAGAAGGUGGUGAAGAAGCAAAUUUGCCCUUUGCAGACUGGAGAUGUGAUCUAUGUUGUUUACAGGAAAAAUGAGCCAGAAAACAAUGUUGCGUAUCUUUAUGAAUCCUUAAACCCAAAACAGGACCCAGCUAAUGAACCAGUAGAAGCCAAUGUUGAAAGCAUGUGCCAUGUGACCAAAGAUACCUCAAGUACCGGACAAAGCGAUGAUGGGACCUCAAUGGCGUCGCCGCCGUCAGCUUGUCAGACGAGCUACGACGAACCGCAGCCAUCCACUUCUACAUCAAACCUCUUUAACACUGCUCCUACCUCUCUCGCUGAGUCCGUUUCCACUGGGCAGGAUAAUCCCUCAACAUCCGGUAAAGGGUCACAAGCUUACACCGUCACUCCUGCACCUGCUUUGCCUACCUUAGCGUCACGUGGUCCGGAAGUGUCACUUGAACACAAGCAGCCAAAUGUAAAUACUGAAACUUCUGACGUUUCUUCAGGGGACAAAGAGAAAAUGGCGUCCGCUACGCCUGAGCUUAAAAGCAGGGAUGAAGAGGAAGCCUUGGAGCCUGCUAGGAAGAAAAUAAAGGGAGAUGGUGAUGCCGGCUCGUACCUUCAGGUGAUUAUUCCUAAUGAAUGUGCAAUUAAAACGGGCCCCGAAGACGCAAAGUCAGCCAAUGUGAAGCCAGACAAAAUGGAAGAAACGCUCACCUGUAUCAUCUGCCAGGAACUGCUGCACGACUGUGUCAGCUUGCAGCCCUGUAUGCACACUUUCUGCGCCGCUUGUUACUCAGGGUGGAUGGAACGCUCCUCUCUCUGUCCGACUUGUCGUUGUCCGGUGGAACGUAUCUGUAAAAAUCAUAUUUUGAACAACUUGGUGGAAGCUUAUCUCAUCCAGCAUCCAGAUAAGUGCCGUAAUGAAGAGGAUGUGCGAAGCAUGGAUGCCCGGAACAAAAUCACUCAAGACAUGCUUCAGCCAAAGGUGCGAAGGUCCUUUUCAGAUGAAGAAGGAAGUUCCGAAGAUCUGCUAGAACUGUCGGAUGUAGAUAGUGAAUCCUCCGAUAUUAGUCAGCCAUACAUUGUGUGCCGACAGUGUCCGGGAUAUCGUCUGCAACCUGUUCAGCCCCUUGCUUCUCCGGUUCUGGAAGGAGAAACCGAAGCGGUGCAAGCUUUGGGGGACGCACCAUCUACCUCUGCCAACUUUCCGACAGCUGUCCAGGAGUAUGUGUGCCCUUCUCAAGGAAGCCAUGUGAUAUGCACUUGCUGCUUCCAGCCCAUGCCGGACCGGAGAGCGGAGCGUGAACAGAAUCCACAUAUUGCCCCCCAGCAAUGUACCAUCUGCCUCCAACCCUUCUGCCAUUUGUACUGGGGCUGCACUCGGGUGGCUUGUUGUGGCUGCUUGGCACCAUUCAGUGAAAUAAACCUUGGUGACAAGUGUUUAGAUGGCGUUUUGAACGGCAAUAACUAUGAAUCGGAUAUUCUAAAGGAUUACCUGGCAUCCAGGGGUUUGACAUGGAAAAGCGUGUUAAACGAAAGUCUCCUAGCUCUUCAAAGAGGAGUUUUUAUUUUACCAGAUUACCGGAUUACUGGAGAAACGGUGCUGUGUUACUGUUGUGGCCUCCGCAGCUUCCGAGAGCUUGCAUAUCAGUACAGGCAGAAUAUUCCUGUGGCUGAAUUGCCAGUGGCUGUCACGUCACGUCCCGAUUGCUAUUGGGGACGCAACUGCCGGACUCAGGUCAAAGCACACCAUGCUAUGAAGUUCAAUCACAUUUGCGAACAAACACGAUUCAAAAACUGAUGAAGGCGCUUUGGGCAUUCAACUGGUCUGAAUACUUGCAGCCUGUAAGAAGGAAGGGGGAAAUUAAACCUGAAAUGCUGCCUCCACAGUAAUCGUUUCAUUGUUCCCUCAUAGCGGGGAACUGGUAACUCUUUACAUCAGGUACCCUGAUGUGAUAUUUUUAAUCUGUAAAGUUUUGCAGUUUAUGAGCAGGGCAGAAUUCCUGUUCUCCGUUGUUGAAUUCUCCUUUAAAAAGAACAAGCAAUUCGUUCAUGUUUAAAUUUCCCAUAUUCAUCAUGUUUUUGACUUACAGCAUCGUCAGCGGAUGGAAAGGUACUAAUAGCAUUGGGUAAAAUAGGGGGGAUUGACACUGUGUGGUAGAAACUGGGCGAUUCUCUAUUUUAAAAUAAAUUGAGAGCUAUUGUUUGUGGAAUAAACUGUGAAACGCCCCUACCAGUGAGAGGUGGCAGGAUGCAAAAAAAAUUGCUAGGCAAGAUAUAUAGACAGGCGACACUAUUCAUCUACUCCACCUAAUUGGUGCAGAACCCUUUGGGCUGUCUCUCUAGAUCUUCCUAAGAGGAUUGGUUGCACAGCCCUAAUCCCCGCCUGUCAACAUGCCUGCCGAAAGGUAAUUGCUGGGUUGGGCCUGGACUCUUCAGUUGUUCCUGACACUUUGAGGUGCCCUGUCAUUUCCUGCAACACUGCACAGUCCUGACAGAAUGAUACGAUGCCCAAUUAGUGCAAUCAAGAUGCACUCCUUAUAUCGGCGGUGGAAUAAAUUGGGGCAAUCUUUUUUUAUUAUUAUUAGUCAGAGCUUUUGGUUUCCCUAGAAUCCCUGUGGCCCUGCUCCCUUCUUUUUCAUGUGUUUGCUCUGGGACUCAGGACACAGACAAGAGCUAAGUCUUCUUCUGAUACCUAGUGUACUUGGAGCAGUUUCCAUGCUAUUGUUUUGAGAGCCAUGCUCCACCGUCACCCUGGACCACCUUUUACGAAGGAAAUGUGUUAAUGCAAUCCAUAUUUUUAAAAGCCAUUAAGGGAAAAGGUCUGGUCAUAAUUUAGAGGCACCCCACGUUUUUAUUAACAAUUGUUUUCUCCCAUUGUUACACUGGAAAUCCCUUUUCUUCCUUCCUUUUUGCUUCACCAAACAAUGAAGCAGUCUCAAGGUUGUUGCGAUCAAAGCCAAGCACUUUUAGGUGCCAUCGCUAUCAAUAGGACUUAAAUGUUCUUGACUUUGUUUCUGCCCAUAAUCUUACAUUAAUGAGUUUCCUGUCAUUAAACAAAGGAGCGGGGUGAGUUUUCUUUCUUUUUCUUUUUUUGUCUCUUAGCAUGUUGGCUAACUAUGACAGAAUCACCUUUUUUUUAUCAAGUUUUUGUAAGCAGUCUUUCAACUUUAGAAUUCGACAACAAAAAUAGCACAAAUAAUUUGCUAUAUGAGAAAUUGUCUUUGAAAUUAUCUGUGCACCGAAUACAUUUCUGCUUUGUUAGUCGAUGUGCAGAUUGUAAAACAAGCCUUGACAGGAUGGGGUGUAGAACAAAUUGCCUUUCCUCCUCCCCCCCUGGAAUUAAUUUUGUUGCUAAAUUAGCAAUAUCACUGUUCAGCAAUACACUAAAUACAUUUUUACAACAUAGACUACUUUAAAAAAAACCAUGCUGGUAGGUUUAAUACCUUGCCAACGUCGCUGUCUUCCUUUGUAGUAAUAAUGGGCACAGUGCAGCCUAUUUAGCAGCUGCUUAAAUCUCUCCUAUUUAAAACCAGUGGAAUUUAAUAGUGCUGGGUGUGAUCCAGGCUAAGUUAUUAAUUCAAACUGCAUUACGUUUUUAGAAACGGGGAUGACUCCGGAGAAUGCUUCCAUACCCCAAGAUAGUAAUGUGGGAACUGACCCAAAGAGGAAACCAACAGGCUAAACUAGGAUAUAAUGCCAAUUCUGGUGUAUUUUAAGGAUGGGGUUGAAGAACUGGUCACUUUAACCUUACAAGCUUCAUUCUUCCAUUCCUGGCUUUAAAAAUGCAGAGCUUCCAAAGCGCGAUGGUGUUGACUAUGUCCAAAUCAAUAGGUUCUGGGGAGCCCGAUAGAAAUUGAUUUACUUUAAAAAAAACACACACAGCAUAAGUAGCAAUACUACACUCACUGUAUUUGUCAACAAUUGGAGUGCACUUAAACCUUGAUGCAAUCGACAGCUGACUGCUCUAGACUGCAUCUGAAACAUGGGUAAACUGGAUUAAAUCUCGCCUCACAAUCUAAGAGUUGAUUCAUGCUUUCUGUUUGUUAGUGGUGUGGGAGCCUUUUCCCUGUAUCUGUUUCCCACAUCGCUCCUGUAACGUUGAAAUGGAAGAAGCAGAUGAGAAGAACCAUACACACACCAUCUUGAUCCACCUCAAUUUGGUCUCUGAUACGUGGAUGGUCCUUCCCAGGUAAAUCCACGCCUCCUAAAUAUUUCCCUUAUUCAAAUCUGGGAAGCAGCCACAGGGAACUGACUUCCAUGAUGUCACUAUUGGUAAGCGUGAAUCAGACUCUUGAGUCCCUGUCUGAUAUCCGGCUGUGCUCUUUAUAAUACACGGUGAGGUCACGUCCUAAAAGAAUAGUAAACAUGUGUUGCAGAGGCUGGAAAGACCAAAGGGUAAUAAUGCACUAUGUGAGAACUGUUACCUUUUGGAGAAACCAGGAUUACUCCUGGAUUUCCCGCUAUAAGGGGUGGGUGGGAAACAAAGACGUGUCAGGCAUCCUCAGGAGAGUACAAUGUUUUAGCUGAUUACAGCUGUCGUAGCCCAGACUAAGGCUAUCUCUAGACAUUAAACUUAAAUAACUACGGUUGGUGGGUUGGAUCACAAAACUAGCAACUGUAUUCAAACAGGACUUGGAAACAGCUUGCUCCCAUGUGACCAGAAUGGUGUUUGAAUAGUUUUUGUCUCUACUCAUACGUUUGUUUACUACAGUCCUGGCUUAAACAGGCUCCCCUACCUAACAGUGCUAACUUCAUCAUCUAAACCUUACAUAGGGAAAUAGUUAAUAGGCAAAUAUGCAAUAUUAUGAAGUCAUCUAACAACACGCAGCUAUACAUUGGUGUCCCGUAUCAUUUCACUGGAUGGAGUGGAAGUCAAUCUUGACCAUCUUGGCUUGGAAGUAAGGGGAAUAUUUUUAUAUAUAUGCAGCUGGCAUACUGCUGUUCCUGGCUUCCAGUUGAUGACUUCCAUGUCUGAAUGUUUUCCCUAAAUCAAACAGUCACAAGUCUAGACGUAGGGUUUAGCCAAGUCUUCCAGAAAUGCUAAGUAGUAUUCAGCUGUGCAACCCUCUCCCUGCAGCCCAAAGUGGUACGGUCCAGGAAAGUCUUUACCACUUUAUUCUCCUGGUCAUGUCAACUGACCUGAAAGGAGAGGGUUUUCUAUCGUGCUCAGGCCACUUAGCACUUUGUUGCCACAGAAGGGGCUUAUAGCACAGGGUUCAUUCUAACAGCAAAAGAUACAACUUCUCAAGUAGCAAGUUCAGGAUUAAUAUGCCAGUUACUUACAUUUAGGGAGGUGAGCAUGUGUUAUUAGUGACGAACAGGGUGUGUGCGUUAAACUUCCAACUGUAAAGGUUUGGGGUCUGGCUUUAAAAUGCCUGUUAUGCUCUACAAAAUAAAUAUUAUGGAAUGGCCUCUUUUCUAGUUAUAUUUUUGCACAAAAGAAAGCUGUUAUGGAAUAAUCCUUGAACUUUGCAAAACAGAAAAUGUACAUUCGAUUUUGUUCUAACACUGCUAACUGCAUUGUUUUAAAAAAAAUUCUUAAAAGCUUUGGAAAACAGCUUAAAUGCACGCAGUUCUUGUAUCCUCUCAGGCAGACCAUUCAUUCCCAGCUGCUUGGUUAGUUUUCAGCUCAGGCAGUGCAUGUAAGCAUUUUUAUUUUGCAUAUAUAGAAAAAAAGAGCCCUUUGCACUUUGCGACAGGGGGCCUCCUUUGCAUUCCGUGUUCCUGCAAACUGGACAGGCUUCUAGCAGAGGCUUCCUGCUUUAUUGGUGGACAGGUUGAAAUUUUAUGGGCAGAUCAAUAGAAAAGGUUGUGUUUUACAUUUCGCUUGUAAUGGUUCGUACUGGAUACACAUUUGCUUGCUCUGUACACAUCAGUACCAUCUGGUGAACAAAAGGAAAUAAACAAUCCUCUCUACUGCACAUCAAAAACUACCUGAACAUCAGAGGGCUGUGAAUCUCCUUUGACGCUGCCCUCCUCCUUUAUAAAAAGACUAAAUCUACUUUUCUAUGCAUUAGGAGAUCGAAGUAGUGCAAUGGAAUAAAAAGGUGUUCUUUUUCUUGUGCAUUUGUUGUACCUUUUUUAAAAAAGUGAAAAAUAUUAAUUUUACCAAUGUUGGUGGGGCUGAAUCAACCUUUAAACUUUUAAUGUGCUCUUUAAGUGAUGAAGAGCUCCAUUCUUCAUGGGUAUUACAUACUCUUAUAUGUUUUAGUCCUCUU